AUGUCUGAGGGAAAGGUCUACACAUAUGCGGAUGUCGCAUCGCACUCGGGGAAGAAGGACUUGUUCAUGGUCAUCCACGAUAAGGUUUACGACGCAACCGCUUUCGUUGACGAGCAUCCAGGUGGAGAGGAAGUUCUGCUAGAUGUUGGUGGACAGGAUGCGACUGAAGCCUUUGAAGAUGUCGGACACAGUGAUGAGGCAAGGGAAAUCUUGGAUGGUCUGCUUAAAGGCGAUUUGAAGCGUGUUGAGGGAGACCCAAAGCCAAAAGUCUCAGCGCCUACAUCUUCGAGCUCCGCAACUGCGACCGACGGUGGAAUGGGUCUUGGUCUAUACGCUGUUGUUCUUGUUGGAGCUGUCGCCGCUUUCGGUGUCUAUAAGUAUAUGCAAAGCCAAGAGGGCAAUGCGUAG